UGGUGCGUAGGAGGACCGGCCUUGACUCCGAGCUCGUCCGCAGCCCUGUCACCGCCUCACCGCGCCAGGACCUUCCCGCUGGCUCCUAGCGGCGCCCACCGGUUCUAGGGGUUCGCGUGUGAUGUUGGGGCCUCAGGCGCAGCUAUGAGUGAAUUCCGCAUCCACCACGAUGUCAACGAGCUGCUCAGCCUGCUGCGUGUCCACGGCGGCGGCGAUGGGGCCGAGGUCUACAUGGACCUGCUGCAGAAGAACCGGACCCCCUACGUCACCACCACCGUCUCCGCGCACAGCGCCAGGGUUAAAAUAGCAGAAUUCUCUCGCACUCCUGAAGACUUCCUGAAGAAGUAUGAUGAGCUGAAGUCAAAAAACACGCGGGGCCUGGACCCACUGGUGUACCUGCUGUCGAAGCUCAUGGAGGACCAGGAGACUUUGCAGUACCUACAGCAGAAUGCGAAAGAGCGGGCCGAGCUCGGGGCCAGCACCACCUCCAGCCUCAGCCUCCCGGUGGCAGCCUCCAAGAUCUCCACACGCGAGCUGGAGGAGCUGAGGCGGCAGCUGGGCAGUGUGGCCACAGGCUCCACGCUGCAGCAGUCUCUGGAACUUACAAGAAAGAUGCUUCGAGAGAAGCAGAACAAGAAGAACUCAGGCCAGCAUCUCCCCGUGUUCCCAGCGUGGGUGUAUGAGCGUCCUGCGCUGACUGGGGACUUCCUGACCAGCUCAGGGGUGGGCACAGACACUGCCCUGCCCAUAGGCACGCUGCCCCUGACUUCCCAGGAGUCGGCCGUGGUGGAGGACCUGCUGUACGUGUUGGCCGGUGUGGAUGGCAGGUACAUCACUGCACAGCCCCUCACAGGUCGGCAGGGCCGCUCCUUCCUUGUGGACCCCAACCUGGACCUGUCUGUCAGGGAGCUGGUGAACAGGAUUCUCCCGGUGGCUGCCAGCUACUCCACCGUGGCCAGGUUCAUCGAGGAGAAGUCCUCCUUCGAGUAUGGGCAGGUGAACCAUGCCCUGGCGGCCGCCAUGCGCACCUUGGUGAAGGAGUACCUGAUCCUCAUCACGCAGCUGGAGCAGCUGCAGAGGCAGGGGCUGCUCUCCCUGCAGAAGCUCUGGUUCUACAUCCAGCCGACCAUGCGUACCGUCGACAUCCUCGCCACCCUUGCCACGUCGGUGGAUAAGGGUGAGUGUCUGGGGGGCUCCACCCUCAGCCUCCUCCACGACAGGACCUUCAACUACACGGGGGAUGCCCAGGCGCAGGAGCUGUGUCUCUACCUGACCAAGGCCGCCAGCGUGCCCUACUUUGAGAUCCUGGAAAAGUGGAUCUACCGGGGGAUCAUCGACGACCCCUACAGCGAGUUCAUGGUGGAGGAGCAUGAGCUUCGGAAGGAGAAGAUCCAGGAGGACUACAACGACAAGUACUGGGACCAGCGCUACACCGUGGUGCAGCCACACAUCCCGUCCUUCCUGCAGGAGGUGGCUGACAAGGUGCUCAGCACAGGAAAAUACCUGAACGUGGUACGGGAGUGUGGCCACGACGUUACCUGCCCCGUGGCCAAGGAGAUCACCUACACGCUGAAGGAGCGGGCCUACGUGGAGCAGAUCGAGAAGGCCUUCAACUACGCCAGCAAGGUGCUGCUGGACUUCCUAAUGCAGGAGCAGGAGCUCGUGGCCCACCUGAGGUCCAUCAAGCGCUACUUCCUGAUGGAUCAGGGGGACUUCUUUGUGCACUUCAUGGACCUCACGGAGGAGGAGCUGAAGAAGCCUGUGGAUGACAUCACACCCCCACGCCUGGAGGCCCUGCUGGAGCUGGCUCUGCGCAUGAGCACAGCCAACACCGACCCCUUCAAGGAUGACCUGAAGAUCGACCUGAUGCCCCAUGACCUCAUCACACAGCUGCUGCGGGUGCUGGCCAUCGAGACCCGCCAGGAGAGGGCGCUGGUCGGCGCCGAGCCCACAGAGCUCACACUGAGUGGCCUGGAGGCCUUUUCCUUUGACUACGUUGUCAAAUGGCCGCUGUCUCUGAUCAUCAACCGGAAAGCGCUGACCCGCUACCAGAUGCUCUUCCGGCACUUGUUCUACUGCAAGUACGUGGAGCGGCAGCUCUGCAGUGUCUGGGUCAGCAACAAGACCGCCAAGCAGCACGCCCUCCACUCAGCCAAGUGGUUUGCGGGUGCCUUCACCCUGCGGCAGCGGAUGCUCAACUUCGUGCAGAACAUCCAGUGUUACAUGAUGUCUGAGGUGACAGAGCCUGCUUGGCACAUCCUGGAGAAGAAUCUGAGAUCGGCCUCCAACAUUGACGACGUCUUGGGCCACCAUACCAGCUUCCUGGACAACUGCCUCAAGGACUGUAUGCUGACAACGCCUGAGCUGCUCAAAGCCUUCUCCAAGCUCAUGUCCGUGUGUGUCAUGUUCACCAACUGCGUGCAGAGGUUCACUCAGAGCAUGAAGCUGAAUGGCGAGCUGGGUCGCCUGACCCUGGAGCAUGGGACCAUGCUGGGGCCACCCACCGAGGCUGAGAGGGCUGAGGAGAACACCCGUAAGAAGCUCGCCAAGAAGCACCUGGCCGAGCACAUGGAUGCACCACAGGUGACCUCUGCCUUCGAGGUCACCAUCAACAAGUUUGACAAGAACUUCUCGACUCACCUCCUUGACCUUCUGGCCCGGCUGAGCAUCUAUAGCACCAGUGACUGCGAGCAUAGCAUGGCCAGCGUCAUCUCCAGGCUGGAUUUCAAUGGCUUCUACACGGAGCGCCUGGAACGCCUGUCUGCAGAGAGAAACCAGAAGACAGGCCCCCACGUGCCUCUCCCUCGGGGUCCACCAACAGCAGCACCCAGGAUUGCGGUCACCGCCCAGUGAGCCCAUGGUCCACAUUUGGCACAGGUGGGGUGGGGGUGCAGUGUGCCCACAUUCAUGAUCCAGUUUCAAAUAAAGAGAAAGCUAAACAGGAA